UGUAUGAGAGCCACUGGCCGAAGAGCGGGCCGUGGUGAAUCAAGAACCUCUAGCGACCCUCGUGCCACCGCAGUGGCCACCGCACACAGGCCGCGGCCGCGGCCGCCGACGCAGAUUUCCUUGCUCCAACUAGCUAGUCCACUGCAGCCAUCGCACCGCCGUUUGGAACCCGCUGCCUCCUGCGGCCCUCCUUUUUGUCUUGGAGCGGAAGCCUCGACAGGAGCUUGGCUCGAACAGAGCCUUGCUAUUCUUCCUCCGACCACGCCGAAAUCGAGCAGAGACCAAAGACCCUGUCUUUCAUCCUUCUCUUCGUUGCUUUCUUGCUUUCUUUCGUUCCUGGAUUAUCUUCCACUAGUGCCGCUUUGCCUUUCUUGUUAAGAAAUCGAACUAUAAAGGCGCUGUUUUUUGUGGGUUGGAACCAGACUGCGAGAGGGAAGUUGCGGCAACAUGUCUUCCUUUUUCCGCUCUCUCCCUAAACCUAGAUUCGGGCUUCAAUUACAUCCCAAGAUCGAUUCUUUGGCGGGUUUCGAUCGAUUUCGGCGUUGCGCUUCUUUUGCUCCCGUUGCCGAAAUUGCUUCCGACAGGAUCAAGUCGUUUGCGCUCUUCGAUACCUCAACGACGAGAUUCUGUAGUAGGAGCAAGAGGAGGAAAAAUAUCUUUCAUAAGGCUUUUGCAGAACAAGAGGUGGAUGAAUUCGAGAUUCGGAAGAGGAGUAUGGAUGUUGAAGCUGAGAUUUACGAGUUCAUGCAGAACUCCGCGAAGCCGAGGGUUUUUCCGACCAAGCAGGAGCUCAUUGCUGCAGGGAGGGCGGAUUUAGUGGAUUACGUGAUGGCUCUCGGUGGAUGGCUUACAUUUGGUUGGGACAUUAAUGAUAAUGAGGUAGAUGAUAGGUUGCAAUCGGCAGGUAGAGUGGAGCUGGAAGACGGGAAAGUAAGACCAGAGAGGGCUACGGUAACUGUUCUUCCGGCGAACGAUGAAGCUGCUGAAGAUGGUAGAGUUUACCAAGAGAGGGCUUCUAACGAUUCUUUGAUGAUUGCUCAUAUAGGUUCUGAUGGUUCUGAGUAUUGUUCCUCCGCGCCAUCUUCUUCCGGGAGAUCAUUGGAGACAGAGGAUUGGGAAGCCAGUGGGGUUGAGGGGAUAUUGCACAGGCUGGAAAAAGAGAGGAACUUGUCUUUUGUUACAAGUAGAAAGGUAGUAAAUGGUCAGGACUCGUGCAGGAAAUCUAUGGUUGAUCGAGAUGAAAAAAAGUUAGUUGCUGACAAACUUAAUAUUCAGAGUAAUGGGGGAAACACUAUAUCCGAGUCAUCAGAAUGUGAAACUUGCAUUUCACAAAAUGAUCAUAUAAAUGAGGUAGAAACAAAAUUUAAAGAUGUCAACGGCACAAAAGGUGCAUUUCCUGACACGUGGAGGAGUUGGAGUCUUCAAAGGGCUCACUUUUCUUUGACAGAUUUUGAAGCUGGUGAAAUUGUCCCCAAUGAUGACGGAAGGCUCUCAGAGGAUCACCCUUUAGAUGUUGAAUUUUCUAAUAAAAAGUUUCUUCUACAAGAACAGAACUCUACAUCUUAUAAUCAAACAGAUGAAAAGGUAGUCAAUGAAAGUAAGAUACAUUCACCUCUUCAUUUGGAGGUUGAUCUUUAUUCUGCUGCUCACAUACUUCAAGCUAGAGUUGAUGAUGCUACUUCACAAAAGCAAAACUCAUUAUAUGAGCAACAUAUUCUUUCUGAUGCCUUGGAAUUCCAAGAAACUGAAAUUAUUAAAGCCAGAAAUAUGUUGAAAUCUAUUCAAGCAAAAUCGAAGGUUCUACAUGGAAAAUUAUCACUUGAGAUUAGGGAAGCACAGAAAAUAUUAGAGAUGAAACAGAGUAAAAUUACUGUUGUCAAACAGCCUUUAUCACUGCUUCGUGCAACCUAUAUCAUCUGGCCUAACUCUGCUUCAGAGGUUUUGCUUGCAGGAUCUUUUGAUGGAUGGACUAGUCAGUUUAAUUAUCGCCAUCCAGCAAUGUUUUUAGAUCAUUUUUCUCGUGACUGUAAAUCUAACAAUAUGGACGGGCUAUACUCAGAGAAAGAUGGAAAGAUCAAACUCAGACACUUUCUCUUUACAGCUAAAGUUGUAUCCUGGAAGAUUUGAGAUCAAGUUCAUUGUUGAUGGUGUGUGGAGAGUUGAUCCACUUCGACCUACUGUGAACAACAAUGGUCACACGAAUAACCUUCUCGUCAUUGAAUGAAGAUACAUGUUCCUGGUAUGCUUUUUGUAUAAUGAUUACAGAGUUACACAUCUGUUGUUAAUCCAAUCUUAUAGACGAUCUAUGCUCUUUAUGACCAAAGUAGAAGGAUGUGGGUGUUUAUUUAUUUUUUGGAGGUGAUCAUGAUAACGAGUGAGUGCAUAUGUAUUCAUGAUAAUCAAUAGCCCUUAAUGAGCCAUUUCCUGUA